UCACUGAUAGGCGGCACUGAUUGGCAUCACUGAUAGGUGGCACUGAUUGGCACUGAUGGGUGACAUUGAAAGGCAGCUCAGAUGGGCACUGAUAUGUGGCAUUGAUGUGCACUGGUAGGCACUGAUAUGUGGCACUGAUGAGCACUGGCAGGUGGCAUGGAUGAGCACUGAAACAUGGCACUGAUAGACACUGACAGGCGGCACUGCUGGGGAUACACUGAUCAUCAGGGCACACUGAUAAUCAGUGCCCUGAUGAUCACUGUCAGCGUGACAGCUAAAGAGGAG